UUAAUAGCGGUGGUAGGGCGGCGGCUGAGCGGCAUUCAGGGCGCCGGGCCCGGCGCUUGGGCGGGGCUUGCGCGCCGUUGCCCGAGCCUGGAGCCGAGAGGGCAAGUUGGUUGGUGGGUCGGCCAGUCAGUCAGUCGGUCGGGCAGCUGGGUGGGCGGGACUCGCCUCGUCCUCCUCCCUCGUCGGAUCUCCUCCUACUCCCCCACGUUCCGCCCCCCCCUCUGCUCCCUCUUGUCCUCCCCCCGCCCUUCUCCCCCCGCACCCCUCUUCCCCCCCGCUGGGCCGCUCGGGCUCGCGCGCUGGGAGCGGGUGCGGAAAGAUGUCGGACGCGGCGGUGGCGGACACUCGGCGCCUGAACUCGAAGCCUCAGGACCUGACGGACGCCUACGGGCCGCCGAGCAACUUCCUGGAGAUCGACAUCUUCAACCCGCAGACGGUGGGCGUGGGCCGAGCGCGCUUCACCACCUACGAAGUCCGGAUGCGGACAAACCUACCUAUCUUCAAGCUGAAGGAGUCAUGUGUACGGCGGCGCUACAGUGACUUUGAAUGGCUAAAGAAUGAACUGGAGCGGGACAGUAAGAUUGUUGUGCCCCCGCUGCCUGGGAAAGCCUUGAAGAGACAGCUCCCCUUCCGAGGAGACGAAGGCAUCUUUGAGGAGUCCUUCAUCGAGGAGAGAAGGCAGGGCCUUGAACAGUUUAUUAACAAAAUCGCUGGGCAUCCAUUGGCGCAGAAUGAGCGCUGCCUACACAUGUUCCUGCAGGAGGAGACAAUCGACAGGAACUACGUCCCUGGGAAGUGGCUGUUGUCCCCCGGCCUGACUGUCUGUCUGCCAUCGUUCUCCCUGGCACUUGGCCACACUGUGGGCACUCUUCUAAGACCCUCCUCUCUCAGGAGAGGCGGGAAGCUGCGGGCAGAGGUCCUGGGCUUUUAGGGGGAGGGGGUCGGGAAUUGAACUGAAAGGCAAUUGCUUGGGCUUCCUCUUGGGCAACAAGGCUAGCCUGGGCAUCUGGUGCUUCAGUGGCACUUGGCCAAACAGGUGAGCGAAGCCGUGAGUCUAAGGGAGGUUCCCCACUCCAAAGUUUAACCUGGAACUCUGAGCAGGGAGCAACCCUGCCCCUUCUACCUGCAUGGAACCUUCCUUUUGCCCUGUUGUGGGAUGGUAGACUCCCACGGGCUCUCCCAGUUUUCUCUUUUCCUCUCCUAGUUCUCUCUACAUUUUCUUGAUUCCCUUCCUCCCUCUUAUGUUGCUGUCUGGGGCAGUCCUCAAACCAGAAGCCAAGCAUCCAGGUUUGUGCAUUUGCUGGGCCCUUCAUAUUAGCUGCCUCAGAGUCACAUGAAACUUUUUGGGAAGCAGAGGGGCUCCUAUUGGCUUUCUACCACUCUCAAGGCUCCUCAUUGUGUCCUUUGCUUGGCUGGCUUUUCACUGUCCAUCUUUAAUUGACCGGUAUGGGUCAGUAGCUCUUCCUGAAAUCUUACCCUGAGGCGGGGCUGCCUUGCAAAAUUGGCCACUUGGAUGAUGGUGCAGAGUGUCUAGGAAGCUCCUGUUGGCCAGAAAGGAGUCCAUCCCAUUCUCCUUCUUACCUGAAAUCACAUGCCACUUUUUGUUCCCAAAGGGCAGGGCUACUUGAACCAAUAAUGUAGUCUGACUGACUUCUGUCAAGCACUUUGAGCUAGGUGAAUGGGGCUGAGGGCCAAGAAUUGUCAUCCCCUCCCCGACCGUGGUCACAGGGUCUCUUCACGGACCACCAGUGGUUCCUCUCGAAGCUGGGCCAGGGACAGUAGUUGGCUGGGAGUUGUCCUAGCUCUUAGUACAAAGCAGGCUCUCAGAGCUAGGAGCUCUCUUGGGCUUUGGGCUGGGAGGUGGCCCAGAGUCGGAAGCAUCAACAGGAGGGCCUUCCCCCCACUCCUUCAGAAAACCUAGGUUCCUCAUCCUAGCAGGAUGUUGGGGGGAGGGAUGAGCAGUCUGAUCUGGGGGAGGAGGGCGUGGGUACUGACUUGGGCUUUGGAGCUUGGCCCCUGCGACAGAGGUCAGCUCUAGCUAUUGAGGCUGUGCCCAGGAGCAGCUCCCAGAGAGAGGCUCGGUUCCCUUUCCCACCUUGCUGAUGGUGUUGUUGUCGUUGUUGAAAUACCUGCUUCCUUUUUUGAGCUGUAGCUUCCGUUCUGUCUUUUUGAAGACAUUCCUUCAGCAUGCACCAGUGCUGAGAGUCUGCCACCCCAUCUCUGCUGUGUAUAUAUCCUAACUUGGGGGUUUCAUUCAGCAAAACUGUUCAAUCUUCUGUCAGACAAUGUCAUAUCCACCUUCUGUUCAUAUUAAACCACUGUGAAGCAA